UAGCACAGUUUGGAAUGGAAUGGGCAGAACAUGCGUGGGCCAGAUAGCGACGUGGCACUGUGAGUGUGAUCCUGACAUAUUUCUAGGGCACAUGCCUAGACUGCUAGAGCAGUGACAUUUGUCACACAAUAUUCUUUCUUGAAUAAGACAAAGACUUUAGUAACGGCCUGGGAAUUCAGCCCUCUUUCAGCAUAUGCGUGUACGUAACAGUGUUUCGUUCCUUCCGUUUGCUUCGAUCGCUGCAAAGGUGAUGUUCACACCCUCUUGUAGCAGCACGGUGUUCAAAUAUUCAGCCCUUAGCGCGUGUGGUACCAAUCAGCAAUGCACUUCUGGAACUCGGCAGUGUCCGUAAUUCGCCAAAAGCAACAGCCGAGACAUGGAUUCCGAGGCCACGUUUUCGUCCUGUCUUCACUGACUUCCGCCCUAGUUCUGCUGGUGGUUCGCUUGACUAGCGCUCAGUUUCCCAUUGCUUGCCUCAAUGAUAACGACCUCCGUGAACAGAAAUGCUGCCCAGUUGUCACUGUGGGAAAUUCCGGCGGAGCGGAAUGUGGUGGACCAGGUCGUGGCGCUUGUAAGCGUAUCGAAAGCUCACACUGUCAUGUUGAAACACCAGAUGAUCCAGCCCAUGUUCUUGCCUAUCUGAAGAAUCCUGUGUCGGAGCCAUCGCGCUACCCAUGGCCUAACCGAGUGUUCACACAAAUCUGUGAGUGUGAGGGGAACUGGACUGGAUAUGACUGCACCGAGUGUAAGUUCGGUUACGUGAAAACUGCUGAUGAGAGUGUUUGUGUGAAACGCAAAACACCUCUGGUACGCAGAAACUACAUGGCACUGAAUGAUGAUGAGCGUGAUUAUGUCAAACAAACCAUUGCAGAUAUGAAUGAUAGAAGCAAAAGUCCAAGUCGCUAUGGUGUUCUCAUCUCAGAGGAGAAUUUUAGCAAAUCAAGCCACUUGCAAUCCAAUUUAACGGCGGAGGACUUCAAGUUUGGAAUAUCAGCCUAUGAGUUUCUGGCCUGGAUUCACUAUUACGCUGCUAAAGAUUCGGGAGGUUCUUUUGCUAAAAACCAAGGCACUGGUGUGGACUUUGCACAUGAUGGCCCUAGUUUCACAACUUGGCACCGGUAUUUUAUGCUGUUGUUCGAAUCAGAACUUCAACGAGUAUCUGGAAACGACUCAUUAGCGGCUCCCUAUUGGGAUUGGAUGGAUCGGCAGAAUCGUGAUCAUAUCUUCACUCAUGCUGACAUCUUUGACGGCAAUGAAACCUCACUCGUGGGUGUAUUCCGUGAUUUUAGGGUCAUCUGUUUCAAUGCGGGUUUUGCCGUUCCACUUUCUGAGCCCAACAUUAUUCAAAGAACACCAAAACGUGGACCAGGAAGCCUAUGCAAUGCUUCGCAGUUUGAUGUAGGAAUACCACUUGUCCGCAGAGACUAUGGACAACACGAAUAUAAAGUUGUCAAGUGGCUGCCAAGUACGCGUGAUGCUUGGGAUAUACUGUUAAACAUUACCCACUACGAUAUUCCACAUCACAAGUUAUUUCCAGGGUGUCCAUCCAGCCUUCGCGCUGCGUUGGAAGGAAGUGUUGCUGUACCUGGGAAACGCUACUGCAGUUUAGCAAACGAGAGCGUCGUCGUGGAGAUACAUAACGCCGUUCAUAUGUAUCCAGGAGGUGUGCUUGCAAGCGGAGCCAUGUCACCUAAUGAUCCCGUGUUCUACCUCCAUCACUCCAUGGUGGAUCGUAUGUUUGAACGCUUCAUAAUAAAGCUGCAGGAACUCGGCACACUACAAUAUAUCCCGGAGUCGGGUGGAGACCCAGGACACAAUGCGAAUGAUUGCAUUGUUCCCUCAUUCCCUGUCUAUCGGAACAAGGAGUUUCUGAAGCGGAGUACUGACUUUGGCUACGUAUACGACACACUACCAUUGCUGGACACUGCGCCUGAGCGACCCGCCGAGGAGUACAAUCAAUGCAAUAACCCAAAUGCAUCAACAAUAAUGCCAAGACCACCUCUUUCAUCAUCCGAAUCUCUGCCUACUUCUGUUGGAAAAUCAGCAUAUGGACGUCUGCUUGGCAUGGUUUCAGCGUUAGUGUCGCAACUUUACAAAUUGCUCUAGAUCUCGUUUUUAAAAUUGUCUCGUGGUCCGAUGUAUUGGGCUACAGUUUUGAAAUUCAAUUUAUCGCAAAUAUGACUGAGGCUUUCGUGCCAGGCUAUCGGCUACAACUCAAAAUACGCUGCUAUCUACUAUUCAUUCUCUUCUAUUCUAAACUGUAGAAAUGUUGAACCGCUUAUGGGAGCUAUGUAUACAGCGUGACGCGCGGCUCUUUUCACCUGGCCUAGUGCAUCGCUGUGUCACGACUUUGCCAAAGCUCCCAACUGAUGAUUUAACCUCUACAGGAAGA